AAGCUGUGACGUCACGCGCCCUCUCCGUUGCCGUGGCGCGCACGCGCAAUCAGCUCAGUGCGCUUCCGAUUCAGGCCUUGCCGCCCGCCGUCUCCAUUUUGAGCGAGUUUGUUUUGUGUGUGCCAUUUUUGGGGCCCCUGUUUCCGGUGUCAUGCGCGUCCCAUGGUAAAGAUGACGACGUUGUUACCUCGGGGUCACCGGCAGCACUGCUACCUGUGUGACCUGCCCCGCAUGCCAUGGGCAAUGCUACACGAUUUUUCCGAGCCCGUCUGUCGGGGCUGCGUCAACUACGAAGGCGCCGAUCGCAUCGAGGUAGUGCUCGAAACAGCACGCCAAAUGAAGCGGGCGCACGGAUUCCCCGAUGUUGCACGUCCAGUCUACAAAACACUCAACGGUGCACCUCCUGAAGUUCACAGAAGCGAUGUACAUCGAGCUGCACCCGUUGCACCGCCACCAGAGGUGCACCGAACGGUUUUGCCCGUCGACCGAACGAGCUACGAAAGGCGAGCGGCGAUGGUGGAAUACAGUCAGCGGAUGCGAGCUGUCGACGAUGCUAGGGUGAGCGUCUCGGCGCAUGGCAUGCCGCCUUCCAGGCAGAAUUCAGUGGCUUGCAAGCGAGAACGCGAUGAGGAAGACGGCACGUCGGCUGCACCCGAGCCGUCGAAGAGGGCAGCCCUCGAGUCGGAUAGCGGUCCACCACCUCGGCCUCCGCUCACGAGGGGCGAGUCGCUGCCGACUACAGUCAUGGGGGUGCCCUUCGAUAUUCGAGGCUACAAGAAGGAGCAUGCGAUGGUUGGAAGGGUCUAUUCGUUCGACACUGCAACGUCACUCAAGUCUGCCGGUUAUGGCAGCGGUGGCAGUGUCUGUAGUACCCCGAGCUCAACCGCAAGCGCUCUGUCUCCUCUGAGCAGCCGUACUGCCGCCCAAUCUCCCGAAGUGGCCACAGGUGCUCCCCCCAGCCUCCAAAACGGCUCUAACGGACCAACAACUGGUCCGAGCCCAAUGGCGGCACUCAUGUCCGUUGCUGAUGCUCUGCCUCCCGGAUCACCUCGCACUGGAGCCGAGACAGGCAGUGCUCCAUCCAGACCUCGCCACUCACCGCCAGUUGCCCCGUCAAAGAAGUCCUCUCGACACGAGCCUGACGCCGGCGCCAUCUCUGCAGCAAGUGGAGAGACCGCAUCGUCGGCUUUGCCAACCCUCAAGUGCACCCUGUGUCAGGAGAGGCUGGAGGACACCCACUUUGUUCAGUGUCCAUCUGUUCAGGGACACAAGUUCUGCUUUCCUUGUUCACGCGAGAGCAUCAAGUCGCAGGGCGCGGCCAGCGGGGGCGAAGUCUACUGUCCAAGCGGAGAGAAGUGCCCCCUUGUGGGGUCAAGCGUCCCCUGGGCGUUCAUGCAAGGGGAAAUUGCCACGAUUCUGGGCGACGAAUACAAGAUGCAGCCAAAAGGAGCGUCUCAGCCUCCCGUCUCAACAUCGGCCGCAGACUCUUAGAGCGGUCUCCGUGAUUGAACUCUGAUCUUGUCUCUUGUGGAGUGGAAUUGCUCUGACCCACUCUGUCCAAGCAUGGAGCUUUUGGCUGGCUGUCCGCGACGAGGUGUUGUUUGUGAGGACCUCAAAGGCCAACAGAGGUCGCUUUGUCGGCUCGGACCGUGUCCGAGGCUUGAACCUCGCGGGGAUGUCUGGACCGGAGGACAACUGUCCCACAAAGCUGCCCCCUCCUCUGUCUGCAACUUGUAGUUGCUGCGGGCAUGCGACCGGUCAUUUCUCAUUUCGACUUUUACAGCACUUGUCUGGUAUCUCUCUUUUCUCAACUUUCAUUGGUGCAGCCUUCCAUUCCACUUGUUUCGUAGUGCUCUGACCUCGACUCGGUGUCCACGUGAUGUGAGUGUCCUGAAUUGUUGGGUGAGGACGUUUGCUUUCGCUAGGAAGAUUGCGCACGACGACGACGUCUUCUAGACCCGCUGCUUUGUCUCACCCGUCCGAAAGCUCUCCGAACUGUGUGGUUUGCCGCGACCUCGCGAGGUAAUACUCUGCCCCCUCAACCCAUACAGGAUGAACUCUUUUUGUUGUUUUUGUUUUUGGGGACUUGUUUUUGACAGUUCUUAAAAGCCACUAGUCAAGAGGACCUGGUUACGGUGUCGCCUAGCGGAUUCCACCAAGUCUGCCCUCCCCCACUUGUUGAAGCUUUGUAAAUAAAUACGGCACACAGUCCA